UAGUUUGGCUGUAGUUCAGCUAACUACAUCUGUUCAUCAGUGUAGUAGCAUUAUGAUAGCAUUAAUUUAAAGCAUUUUGAAUAUGUGAAAGUGUAACUUAGGAACCAGAAGUUGAAAUCAGCUAUGCAUUAUUUCUCUGAGCACUGCAGUAACGUCAAAAGGAUUACUUGACAGGGACUAUUUCGCUCGUUUAGCAACGCAACUGCUACAUCCAGUUUGCUCAAUUCUCGGAAAUCGUCCGCGCAUAUAGAACAAACGUCAUUUAUAGGAAGUCUUGGUAUCAGUCCACGAACUGUCAUUCGCAUCAUGGGUGCUCAGCGAAGUGAAGGCCGAAGGGACUGGCUUCAACAAGAUGUUGCGGAACAGCAGGUCCAGUCGAUGCACCCUUGGAACAUAAUGAUAAAACACAGACAGGUCCAUCGCAGGGGGCGGAGGUCUCAGAUGACUGUGAGCUACACGGACCCUGUCAUAUCUAUGGACCUGUUGAGAACGGUGCUUCAGCCCAGCUUUAAUGAAGAUAUCAUGGCUGUGUUUAGAAAAUACAUGAAGUUUUUCGAGAAAGCAGCCAGCAAUGUGAAAGAAAAUGUUGGUGAGGAUGUACAGACAGAUCAGCUUAUUAAAGAAGCCUGUCGAAACUGUCUGGAACAUGCAAAACAGCUGUUUCCUGAUGGAGAAAAAUCAGCUCCAAGACAAGGCCUUGACCUUCCGGUGAAGCGUUCAAGACAGAUGGAUGAUGACUCAAGCCAGAGGGGCAGUCCUGUUCCGAAAAAGCGAAAAGGACGUCCACCAGGGCCUGUGAUCUCCUAUGACAGGCCAGUUCAGUUCAGCACACCGGCCAAGCCCAAAACUGCUGAGACCGUCAAACGAGAGGGACCCAAGUGGGACCCAUCCAGGCUCAGUGAGAAGAGCACUUUUGUUCUGGGAUCAAGAGCCAACAAGGCUCUGGGUAUGGGUGGUACCAGAGGAAGGAUCUACAUAAAACACGCUGACCUCUUUAAGUAUGCUGCUGAUGCCCAGGAUAAACACUGGCUUGCAGAAAGACAACAUAUGAGGGCCACUGGAGGAAAGAUGGCCUAUCUUCUGAUUGAAGAGGAUGUUCAAGAUCUUGCCGUGAGUGAAGACUAUAAAGACUGCCCUGACCUGAAAAUGGAUGAACUGAAGCCGUUUAGGGUACCAAUCUGGAUGGUGGAGAAGAUGCAGAAGGCCAUGGAGGCUCAGAGAUCAGAGAAAGAUUAGAGGAGGGAGACAAAAUAAAAAAGCCUUUCUCUGCACAACCAGCAGACAUCAGACAUGAGUUUUCACCCAGUCAUAACGAAACUCGGGGCGGGGGGGCAGGUUUUCCGUCGGCAAAAGCGAGCCAGUCUGCUCGUAUGUGUAUGCUGUUGUUGUAUGCAGUCACUAUCUAGAUGGAUUUAUAUGAGAGGUCCAAGUUUUGAACUUAAGGACAUUUUCCGUUUUUUUUCAGCGCUCUCAUAUUUGUCCUCUACGCUGGAAAAUUGGCUGUGUUUUGUACUCGGACCUUCGACCGUCUUAAGCAUAUUAUACUAUACAUACUGAGCUGAAGUAAAUGUAUAGCAUUUUUUUUUUAACUCUGAUUUUCGUUCAUCCUGAUUUUGUUGUACAUAGGUCCACAUACUAUCAUUUUACAAUCAACCAAAUGAGUCGUAUUUGGCUGAUCUGGAAACAGGAUGAUUGGGUAUCUGAGAAGUUAUGUAGUAUUUU